CCAGUUUAGUCUGACCUGAGGCAAACAUAAGCCACCACGUUUUAGGUGUGAAAUGGGAGCUUUAUCUUUAUCAAAAUCUGGUUAGUCUUUUUUUUUUUAAACAGUUCUUUUUGUUUUUUCCUUGUGACUUCGUCUUAUUUUCAGCUAAAAAAAGAUACAAAAGGAACGCCCACUUGGAGGUAACUAAGAUUGAUCAAGUGUGAGGAAGACAGGCACAUUCAAAAGAAGACAAAGAACGGAAGGGACAGCAGGAACUUUCAACAUGUCCGGGGCAAAAUUUGCUGGGUUCACAAGCGGAAUAGAUCCAAGGGAGAGAAGAAUUAUUCUAGUCGGGAAGACUGGAGUUGGGAAGAGUGCCACAGGAAACACCAUCCUUGGGAGGGAGGCUUUUGAGUCAGACCUGUCUCCAUCUUCUCUGACGGCAGAAUGCCAUAAAGCCAGGGGGGUCGUCAACGGUUCAAAUGUGGCCGUUAUUGACACUCCAGGCUUGUUUGACACAGACUUUACUCAAGAGGAUGUGUUGAAGAAAAUCAAGAUGUGCAUCUCUCUGUGCGCUCCGGGUCCUCACGCCUUCCUGGUGAUUCUUGAGUUGGGCAGGUUCACGCAGGAGGAGAAGGAUACCGUCAAGAUGAUCCAGGACACCUUUGGAGAAGAUGCUCAGAGGUACACAAUGGUGCUGUUUACUCAUGGAGACCAGCUGAAGAAUCAGACCAUUGAAGGCUUUAUUUCAGAGAGCUCCGACCUGCAAGCCCUGAUUCACAAGUGCCAGAGCAGAUACCACGUCUUCAACAACGAGAUCAAAGAUCCAAAGCAGACCUACUUGCUUUUAGACAAGAUUGAAGAGAUGGUUGCGGCCAAUGGCGGAGGGUACUACACAAAUGAAAUGUUCGAAAAAGCAGAGGCCGCCAUAUUGAAGGAAAAGGAGCGAAUACUUAAGGAAAUGGAAGAACAGCAGAAGAGGGAGCUGGACCAGCUCAGAGCCAAAUACAGUGAAGCCAUUUACCGCAGAGAGGAGUCCAAGGUGAUUAUCCACUAUCACCAGGAGGCACGCAAACGAGCUGAGAGGUCAAACGAAUUCCUCGCCGCACCAACAAUUGCUGUGGCCACGACCUGCGGCGCCGCCAUUGGAGGUGUGCUGGGUGUGAUUGGCGGACCAGUCGGAGUAGCAGUCGGGAUCGCUGCUGGUGCUGCAGUUGGAGCUGCUGUCGGAGCUUUGACAAUAUCAGUUAGCAAAAACUGUCACAUUCAAUAACACAAGAGGGUCAAUUCAGCUCUCAGUCUGGCUCUGAUUAAUGUAGAAAUACAUCGAGCUUUCAUCAGCUUCUUUUCUGUCAGCUUGAUUUUGCAUAGAUUAAAUCAGAAAACAAACAUGCUUGAUAGGAUAAAAAUAGGUUUGUCUAAUUAAAUGCUACAUUCCUGUUUAUUCCUGAAAGGAAAUGCUAUAAAUGAGUAUAAAUUGUUUUUUAAUUGUCUGGAAGACUGCUGAACUGUAACUUGUACUGCGGCUGUAUGUAAUCCUGUUCCAUAUAUUGAGAAUUCUCUAAAAACAAGGGAUCCAAAUCUUGGGAAACUGUACAUUGUCUCUGAAAUCAAGUCACAAACAUUAGUCCAGUGAUAAAUAGUUUUAUUAUGUUUUUCUAUGUAAUGUGAAAUAAUUAUGAUUUUUUUUUCACUUUUUUCUUUUAUUUUGAAAACUGUAACAUUCUGACAUUUUACAAAUUAGAAAUAAAGAAGAAAAUGACAUGAAAAUAAAAGUCUCCUUUCUAUUUUAAACAGCAAAACUAUCCUGCUUUCGUAUUGAUUUCUUUCACAUUAAUAAUCCCAGUCUGAUUCAUGGUCUCAACAUACAAGCUUCUAAAUUUGAGGUUUUGUGGCUGGUUUUUAUUCUGAUAUACUGA